AACCCAUUUUUUCGUACUCGCUGAUUUUACUCAUUUGAUUCGUCGUAACAUUUGCAGAAAAAGAUAUCUUGUGCUAUAAAAGUUAUUUAAAACUGCAUUUUUAUAAAGAAAAGUUCUUGCAAACUAGAAUCAAAUAUUAUUUGCUGAAGCAGGGAGCUAAAAAAGUACUUUAUGUUUUUCUGAAUUUCAUUUACAGCGUGUAAAAAAAUCAAGGUUUGUUCAAAGAGAGUAGCGUGGAGAAACAAGAAUGGCGAAAAAUUUUCAAAAUGGCAGACCCAUGCACAGGGCCGCUGCUAUGCCGUACAAAAAACCCUUUAAAAAUGUAGGAAACGGCGGUGGUGGACCUGGACGCGGUGGAAACUUCAAUCAAAUGAUGUUCAAUGGAAGUCAAAUUCCUGAUAAUCCCGGUUAUCUGGACUUCAAUAAUCCAUCGCCUGCACUUGGUGGAGGGGGAGGAAAUGGAAUGGGUCAAAUGCAACAAAAAAAGAAAAACAACAAGAACAAACAAAAGGGGAAACCACAAUCACAAUUCCAGCCACCAAGUGGUAAUACACAAAAUCAGCACAAUGGUGGAGGAAACUGGAAUAAAAAUAAAGGAAUGCAAUUUCAGGGCCCAAAUGGGCCAAAUAAUAAUAGAUUCAAUAGCGGCAAUCAGGGUGGUCCGCGUAAUUUUAAUAACGCUGGUCCAAUGCCAAAUGGGCCGAAUCGUGGACGGCGUAUGGGCCCACCACCAGGCCAAGGCCCACGUGGAAAUGCUGCAAUGCCGCCAAUGCCACCACCACACGGAUUCCAGCCACCGAUGAUCCCACCGAUGGGUCGAGGUCCAAUGCCUCCACCAAUGGGCUUACAACCACCACCACCGUUUCUUCGUCGUAGCGGACGUGUUGGUCCUAUACCACCAAUUCCCCCACCAAUGAUCCCACCGCGCAUGCCUCGUGCAUUGCCUCCAGCAGCAUUUAAUAAUGCCGGUAAAAUUAAGAAACCCAACACAAAGAUAGUAAAGAAGGUGGUAAAAGGCAAAAGUACAAUAAAAACACUAAAGAAUCUUGUUAAUCAGUAUCCGAUUGAAAAGCCCUGGGUUACUGAUGAAAUACGCGUUGAGCAUGAUAAGAAAAUUGAUAUUGAAAAUAGGCUCAAAGGCAAUAAAAACGAUGAUUUGUUCGCACAGUUCAAAGUGCAACGAGACAAGUUUGUAUCGAUGUAUGAAACGGCACGUGAGGAAUAUUUAAAAAAGGAGGCGGAGGCUGUAAAGGCAAAGGAUGCUAAAGACAAACAAACAAUUAACAAGACCGCUACAAAGGAAGCAAACAAGAAAGAAGCAAAAGCAAAGUAAAAAAUCUGCGUCAAAUAAUUAGAUUAAUAAUAUUGGUGAAAAUCUGGGCGAGUUUAUUUAAAUUUGCUACUACAGAGAUUUGUAAAUCAGAUUUUAAAGUUAAUUAAUGAACUGUUUGAGUAUUUGACAUUGCAAUGCAAUAAAAAAUAGUAACCAAAUUUUAAAUAAACACAAUAAAACAUAAUUUAACAGAAAUGGUUUAUAUAACUGUCCAUACGUAGUGUAACUUAAUAAACAAAAAUUUGCGAUUUAUAAAAAAAAAAUAGAAAGUUGUAAGCACAUUUCCGAUAUUUUUAUCUAAAAUUUGAGUCAAAUGAAAUUUUUAAAUUAAUUUUUACUCACUUUGCUACACAAUUUAUUGAUACAAAAUUUGUUAUGAAAAUGGCAGUUACAUAUAAUGAACAGAAUUAUAUAUAAAAUCAGUAAAAGUAUGAAAGCAAAUACAGCUUCGACAAAAGAUGUUUGCAUAUGAUCACUUUAUGUCAGUUAUAAAUUGGAUAUUUUCCGCUAAAAUAAUGAAAAUAGAAUUAACAAAACAAGAACUUAAUUUGUAAGCAAAAGCGCAACAUUAUUGCUUCAAUAAAUAUUUUCACUUAUAUUUUGCCGUUUGUCAAUAACAUUGUAUAUUUACUGCAAGUUAAAAGUAAAGUUUUGCAGUAUAUUAUAUAAGUUGAUUUCGAUUAUAUAACAUAACACAAUUAAAGUACAGCUAAUUUGUGUUUGUCAACCAUUUUCUCCGCGUAUAAAUUUUAAAGAAGGAAUGUAACAAGCAUUUGCUGGCAAAAAAUUCCUGACACAUAAAAUUCAACAUUCAAAAGCAAUCUUAGUAAAACUAUAGUAAAUAUUUAAAAUACAUAAAUUGAAAUACAUAUAAAAAUGUUCUCGGCAAAUAAUUCAGAUACGAUUAAAUUGCUUAAUAGUCCUUAAUUUAUCAGUACUAAUUACAAUAAUCAAAGGAUGAAACGCGAUGAGCUUAUCCUGUGCAGAUGGUGCAAAGGAAUAAUGCGAUAAAUGUUAUUUGUUUGUCUUGAGUCAAUUGGAGGGCUGUAUCACAUACUUGUACAUAUGUAUGUACAUAUAUGGCGUUUGAGCGACCAACCUAUUGUUUAUGUUGUACAUAGCUGCAGCAAUAAACUGCCGCUUGCUA